GGGGAGUCCAGUUUGUGAGCAGACGUACUUACACUCCUCCACGCACGGGGAACGCGCGUAAAAGCAAUUCCGAGCAGUCCCGUCUGAACGGCAACUCUCAACUCCAACAGCGUGCAGCUCAGAGGUGCCGGGACUUUCCCUCGUCUUGUUGAUGUGAUUCUUUGUCUUGGAAGUCAGGUACACGGGGUGUUAUUAUCGGUAGAGACCCGGAGUUGUGAAACAUAUGAUGCUCGGACAUCAGAUAAGUGUUUGCUCCACGCUUUGGAUUCACAAUGUGAGGAUUAGUAUCGGAAGAAAUAAGGACGCUGCGUAAAGGAGAAGCUGAACUCUUCAGUGUGUCCAGUGAAGCUCGUCAGUCCCAGCUGAAGAGCGGAAUGGGGCCGAAAUCUGCACUGAUCCUCAUCGCUUUGUUGGGCUGGGCUGAAGGUUCGUCUCUCCAUUACUCGGAUGGUCUGUCCAGCCGUCUCUCCCUGGAGAAAACCUUCGGCCGACUGGUCAAGGACUCUCAGUGCCAGCACAUGUUGAAGCACCUUCACAAUGGAGCCAGAAUCACCGUGCAGAUGCCUCCAAACGUGGAGGGCCACUGGGUCUCCACCAGCUGUGAGGUGAGACCAGGCCCUGAGUUCCUGACACGCUCCUACGUUUUCUACUCCAACAACACCUUCCAGGCUCACCAGUUCUACUAUGAGGACAACCACUGCACCAGACCCAGCUACACGCUGGUGAUCCGGGGUCGUCUGCGCCUCCGUCAGGCCUCUUGGAUCAUCCGAGGGGGCACAGAGGCAGAGUACCACCUCCACCGCGUCCAGAUGGUUUGUCACACAGCCACGGUGGCCAAAGAGCUGAGCCAAAGGCUCAACCGCAGCUGCAAAGGAGCAGUGAAGGGCCCCUGGGAGCCCAAUGUGAUCCAUGAGCUGUGGAGCGAGGAGGGUGGCUACGACUGCUCCAGAGAGCUGAACUUUGCAAUGCAUGAGCUGCAGCUGCUGAGGGUGGAGAAGCAGUACCUGCAUCACAACCUGGACCACCUGGUGGAGGAGCUGUUUCUGGGAGACAUUCACACGGAGCCGUCCCAGAGGCUGUACUACAAGCCGUCCAGCUACCAGACCGCCCUGCAAAACGCCAAGAACCAUGACCACGGCUGCAUCGCCUGCCGCAUCAUCUUCCGCUCUGACGAGUUCCACCCUCCCAUCCUGCCGCCGCGGGCCGACCUGACCGUCGGGCUGUAUGGUCAGUGGGUGAGUCAACGCUGCGAGGUUCGCCCCGAGGUCCUCUUCCUCACCCGUCACUUCAUCUUCCACGAUAAAAACCACACCUGGGAGGGUCACUACUACCACUACUCUGACCCCGUCUGCAAACACCCCACCUUCACCAUCUACGCCCGCGGGCGCUACAGCCGAGGACUCCACUCCACCCGAGUCAUGGGGGGGACUGAGUUUGUCUUCAAAGUGAAUCACAUGAGAGUAACUCCCAUGGACUUGGCCACCACCUCCCUCCUCAAUGUCUUCAACGGUAACGAGUGCGGGGUUCAGGGCUCGUGGCAGGUCGGGGUGGAACAGGACGUCACUGUGACAAAUGGCUGUGUGGCACUGGGCAUCCGCCUGCCUCACACGGAGUACGAGCUAUUCCGCAUGGAGCAGGACGCACACGGACGCUAUCUACUCUACAACGGCCAGCGUCCCAGUGACGGCUCCAGCCCAAACCAGCAAGAGCGGCGGGCCACCUCGUACCAGAUGCCUCUGGUACAGUGUUCAGCUAACAGCCAGAUGUCUGACUCCAACAGAGCGGACGGCAGUGACAGACUUACGCAGCACAAUGACUGCGCAGGAUCGCACCGAGGCGGCCACGAACACGUCAAAGUGGCUCUCCUGGCAUUCGUCACGUGUUUGCUUCUCUGCUGGAAAAGCUAAAGAGAACUUUGAACUUUUUUUUACAAAAAGACGAGUGUGGAUUUAAAAAAAACAGGGUGAACAACAGGAUAAAACUUUAACCUCCUGGGACGUGAAGGAGGAUUACAAAUCUGGUGCCUUUAACGCCUUUAAGACUUCUAACUACCAAAGACCUGACCAUGCUGCACCACAGAAACUGCACUUUAAAGUGGAACCAAAGACAGACGCGUCUGUGUUUCCACAAAUAUACAAAGAUGUCAAUAUAUAAGACGGACCUGGGAGUAUGUUUUUAUACAGUGUAUUUACCGACAACCAUCAAGUCAUUUCUUGGUACUUCAAAAGGACGACAAGAAGCUCCCUGCUGGAGGAGAAGUGUCACUGUUUACAGUAAAAGGGAACAACAACACUUUUAUUAAAGAACGAUUUUAACAUUUCUUUAAAGUAUGAAUCAACAGUUACAUCAUCUUUACCACAUUUAGACUUAUCCUGUUAUCUUACCACAUACAUCUACUUCAGCUGCUUACAAUCUUCUUUACAAACCCAAACUGGUUCCAAUUGAGCCUGCUUUGAAAUGAUGCCACGCUCAGAUUCAGAAACUACACCUGGAUUAUUGCCGAUUAUCCACCACUACUCCUGUUUACAUGCAGCCAUGCACCGUCUGAGUGCCUUUCAGCUUUGCAAACUGUUGGCUCAUUGGUUUGUUUGCAACUAUUGACUGUAUAUUAAUAUGAACAAUGCGCCACCAUCUCCUCAUGUUGUGAGAUGUGAAACCAAGAUGUUGCCUUAGUGGGCACUGUUGGAGCAAAGCAUGGGUAGAAGCACUCUGGCUGAUGGAGCCACUAGACUGAUGUCAUACCAUUUCCAGUCACCAGGGGGAGCUCCAAAAGUUUUGGCUUCACUUGGGUAGCUGUUGUUCUGUCCAUGUUUUAUUCAGUUUAUUCACAACACUCAGAGCUGACGGUAAACAGGCUUGAGACUUUGUGUCGCUGACUGCAGUUGCAACUAUUACUUAUCCAAAGAGCUGUAUAUCCACAGCUAAAGAGAGCUCCUUAAAUCUGGAUAACAUUGGUAUGUUCCACCUUUCUUAACUAAAACCAGACAUGCGCUCAUAAAGGCCUCGUUCAGAACCUCUAAAUCAAUACCCUGUUAACUUCAUUUGAAUGAAAUUCACUAUAUUUUCAGAUUCUACAUAAAGUCAAAUCCAUGUGAAUGUAUUCACUGGCAUGGCCGUCAAAUCUGAAGAGAAAGUUUAAAAUGAAUCAAGAUUAUUUAAAUUGGAUCAUGAAUUUAACAAAUCAUAACCCUUAUACUGGAUGAAUAACAUGUCUGCCUUGUAUUGCUAACAUAUAGAUUUAACAUUUUCAAUGUAAUGGGUUUAUUUACACGAGGGAUCAGAAUGUGUCAGAGAGAAAAUGUCUGUGUAGAUGUAUGAAAUCCUGUCACUGAUAUCCAUAGUGAAUGAUCCACAUUAACAGUGAAGGGUUUCAAGGUCUACAGUUUUGAACCAGCAGACUUCAAAGAGAAAUUCAGGCUUUGUUCCCCCCAGGUUUAGGUUUUACCACAUUCUCAUCUCCCUUUUUUACUAUUCUUUUUCAGAUGCACCAAAAAACCUUCAGUUUUUGCUCCACGCUGAUGUUUGGGCAGUUAUAACAAUAAUAUACUCAUCUGCAGUUACUAAUAUAAAAGUUGGUGCUAUAAAUAUGUGACAGAAAAUACAGAGGACUCAUGUCAGAUCAGGGUUCCUCCAGUUUUGAGUCAGCGGUCUAACAGGAAUAACUGGACUUUGGUGUAAUCGUAACAAAGGAUAGCUUCUGGUUAUUACAAGUCUCAGAUAUUACCUGUUCAGAUACAGUGGCCCCUUGAAAAGCCCAUUUUUAAAAUACCACAGAAGAUUAGGAUUACUCUCCCUCUCGCCAUCACCGGAUGAUGACACCAUCCUCUAGAUCGUGGAGCUGUUUGGAAACCAAAACUGUUCAAUGUUAGAGAAAGCACAUCAUCAUCUUACCUCUGUUUGUUUCAUUGGUGCAGAAUCUUGUUCCCAAACUAAAGAACAUGUGUACAGUAAACCUCUAAGAAAUGUCUGUAACUGGAUUCAUGUAUAAGAUUAAAUCUUUAAUACUCUC